CACAAAGAUACAAUACUGAAGCAAUUUAUACUAUUGAUAUAUUGAGUAUAUUCUAUGCAGACAGUUCAGCUGUUUCCCUUUGAUUGGAGUCUGUGAUACACUCCUCUGUAGAGUCAUCAUAAAGCAUCGCCUCUCUCUGAGCUCUCCAAAAGGGAGGUGGUCCUCCAAACCCUCCUUUUCCUUCUCGGUUACGCUCUUAGGCAGAUGCAACAGACCUGCUCACCACACAGGACACAAUGUGGAUUGCUGUGAUGUACGUAUGGGGGGGCCUGUUAGCAUUUUCAGUGUGUGACAGCUGCCCAGAGUCCAAGGACACUGCUUCAUGGGUCAUGCUGAAGCCCCUAGAGCACUGCGGGGAUGAGGAGACCUUUUGCCCCUACCGAAUCACCCUCCCUCCUCUCUCUAUCCAGUUGCCCAGGCCCUUUAAGGAGCUGGAGAAGAUGGCCAAAGAGCUACAGAACCUAAAGGAGGCGGUGAACUGGCUGAUGAGGGACUGUCAGGAGUGUAAGGACAAAAAGAGAGUCGAGAGGGGUGGACAGAAGGACCAGAGUGAGCAAGAGGAGGCAAUGAGAGCUCAAUGUCCAAGGCAUAACAUCACCAUUAUGGACAGACAAAGUGACAUUCCCAGUGGAGAACAAGUGGUGGGGAUCAUCACAUCAACCUUAGGAGACACACUAAGUGAGAGAAACAUCAGAGUUGGUAUGAAAAGGCUGGAUCCCUCCAUUUUGGAAAGACAAGGAUGGACCAUUGAUAGAAGGACUGAUGUAGACCAAGGAACCACUGAUCAGAGGUCUGAGAUGAGCAGAGAAGUGAAAAUAUUCAAUCCAUCCUUUUCAGAAUCACCAGAGGACAUAUAUGAGGCAAAACAGGUGCUUUCACCUGCAACUGAUCAACUAGGUGAAUCAAUUGAACCCUCCCUUCCUAGAAAUCAAGAUGACAUACAACCCACAUCCCAUAGGAAACAGCAGUUGAAAAUUCUCAAGGAUGGAAAUGUAAAGAACAUCAGUGGCAUCCUGUCAGUAAGAAGGAGGGUGCAGAAUGUGCUGUAUAAGAAUGGAUUAAGCAGCAUUUCAGGGAAUGCAAACACUAAAACAAUGGAUUUAAGCCCAUCAUCUGAGAACAAAAGGGUUAUAAACUUUCCUGGAGUAGGUGAAGAGCUGAGACCAAAGACAUAUGUAAACAGCAGAGGUGCCAAAGUAAGCAAUGAGGACAGAUUGAAGAACCCUACAGUGGUGAGGAAGGCAAAUCCCCAAGCUGGGGACAGGGCAGUCAAGAUUGGGCCUAGAAGGACUGGAUUGUCCUCAGAGGGGACUGCCAUUAUGCAGGUAAAAGAAACAAACCCUUAUAUAGCAGACACAAACCCUGGGACAAGCAGUGGACUAACCCCAUCAACUGACAACCAAAAGAUUGAAAACAAACAAGAUGCAAGUAGGGGACUUACUUCAACAAUAGACUACAGACAAGGCCUGAAAGAUGCAAGCCAAGUAACUAUAGUUGGGGUGGAAAGUUCCAGAAAGCUAAACAAGACUGAGAUUGCAACAAAUUUGAGAAAAGUAUACCAAGGUGACAUGAAUCAAAAAGCAACAAAUAAGUCAAUAUCUAGUGUUACAGACAGAGAUGAACAGCCAAACAUGGUUAAAGAAGGGAAUGAACAUGUGGGAUUUAAUGUAAGUCUCGUAAUUACAAGUAGGGAGGCAAAGAAUAGUACCAAAGCAAGCAGAGCAGACUCAUCUUCUCCACAAAGACAGGUUGAAAAUGAAAGGUUUUUAAACCCAGUUAAAGAAACAGAAACUGGAAAAAAGGAACAAAAAUCCCUAUUUAUGGAUAGGGUUAAUAGCCCUUUUAAUGCAAUGGAGGGUAAUCCACUGGCUUCAGAUCUUAAAGAUCAGAGACUUUCAGGAACGUUCACUGACGUUGAACAUUCAGAGGCAGCCAAAGAGGAAAUCGGUUUUAACUCACUGAGUGCAAGGACUGUGAAGAAGGAAAUCUUGAGCAAUGCUAAAACCACCUUGGUGGGAACAGAUCUGGUGAGCCCCACCCUUACCCCAACUGUGAAGAGCAGUGUAUCAACAGAUGUUCCAAUGAGGAUGGCAAAUAAGACUGAAUCACUUGUAGUAGGCCAGAUAUCAAAAAGAAAUUCUACACCCAGUUCAACAUUUUCACCCAAAGCUAAAAGUGGAGAGGAGGGGUUAAACAUUGUCACUUUAAACAGCAAAAGGAACAUCAGCAAGAUACAAGAACCAAGUCAAAACAAGAUGAGAUCUGUGAAAAAUAUCACACAGAGGAUGCCGAACCUCCCUAAACGUCCAGACAGACACCCAACAACUUUGAUUCCAUUUAGAGAACCCAAACAACCCAAUGUGAUGACCAAAGUGUCAGUAAAUGAUAGUGUUGUGCUCCGUCCUAAGCUGUCCUUCUCAGGCAGAGGAAAAAACAGCACUGGAGUGAUAAAACCAAUCUACAUAAGGAAAAGGCCAACUUUUCAAACUGUGCCUACAACAAACAAUCCAAACAGAGGCUUAAAGACAAAGGAAAGUAUGAUGACUCAGUUCAUCAGGCCUAUUGGGACAACAUCUACUAAAGAACAGAAUCAGAACCAAGAAACUAAAGACACCAUUCAGGUGAGGGGUGCAAACGUAUUGGAGAAUCACAGGUUGACCAUCACCAAUAUAGAGUCAAAAUCACUACCAGGGAGAGAGACUCAACAUGAAAGUGACAUAAUAGAUUUGGACACAAUUAAACACAGUAAGACCCGGAUUGGAGAACACAGCAGUGAUAAACAGAUGAUCUCAAACAUGGUGAAUGGUACAGAGAACCAAAACAAAGAGGAUUUAAAAUACACUCUACAUAGUGGGGACUCAAAUUCAGCUACGGGUGUAGAAGAAAAUGAGCAAUUUAGCUUAGGAACUGCUGAUACCAAAGGUGAAACCCCAUUUGGAGUGGACAAGAUCAGCGGUGGGAGGAAAAUGUCAAUGCCCCAAAAUUUAGAACCAACUACACCCACUCUGAUGAAAGGAAUAUCAGGGGUAAAUGCAACUCCAUUCAUGACCUCCAAUGAUGCAAUAGUCUCUAUUACGGACACAGACCAUGAAGAAAGAACAAAAAACAUUCCUAAACGUACAAACACACAUGUUGAAAUAUUUAAAAGCAUCAGUCAGAAUACUGCCUUGACACCCAUAAGCUUUGAAAACACCGGAGCAACAAGCGAACUGGAGCUUAUUAAACUUAACGAAGACAGAGUGAAAGACCAGUCGGGGGAGAUAUUAUCUAAUCCAAAUAGUGUGGACAAUGUCCAAGGCAAUGAUGGAGAAAAAGACACAAUUCCAGUUGUUUUGGAAAGGCUUACCAAUGUUGAAGAAAUAAAGGGAGCCAAACUGUUCUCACUUAGCCCUGAGGACACAGCAGAGGGAUUUAAAUCAAAUGCAGUCAGUGAUGAGGUAACUGAGAGAGACCGAGAAGAAAACAAGCUCCACAGCACCUGUCGUGGUGAUUGUGACACCAUUCCAACCGAACAGCCUAAAACUCACAACGGGCCUCCAUUUGAUUCAGAAAGAGACAAAAGACCUGCACAGGACUGCGCUGAUUACAUUACGAAAACACGAAAGAAUGGCAUAUACAGAGUCACGCCACAAUCAAAGAACAGCACAUUCCAUGUCUUCUGUGACAUGGGGUCCUCCAAUGGGGGCUGGACCUUGAUUCAGCGUCGAUUUGAUGGCAGCACUAGUUUCAAUCGCACAUGGGAUGAGUACAAGAGGGGAUUUGGUAAACUAACUGGUGAGUUUUGGCUUGGCAACGACAAGAUCCACUGGCUGACUAAGACGAAAAACAUGUCAUUACGAAUAGAACUUGAAGACUUCAAAGGGAUCAAAGAAUAUGCCCUUUAUAAACACUUUUAUGUGGCCAGUGAGAGCCAACAAUACCGUCUGUCCAUUGAUGGUUAUUCUGGUACAGCUGGUAAUGCCAUGCAGUUCAGUAAGAAGUACAAUCACAACCAGAAGCUCUUCAGCACUCCAGACAGAGACAAUGACCAGUAUCCCUCUGGAAACUGUGGAGCAUAUUACAGCUCAGGCUGGUGGUUUGAUGCAUGCAUGUCUGCAAAUUUGAAUGGAAAAUAUUAUAACACAAAAUACAAAGGGGUACGUAAUGGGAUAUUUUGGGGCACUUGGCACAAUAUUACAAUGGAAUAUUAUCCAACAAAUUACAGAAAUUCUUUUAAGACUGUCAGAAUGAUGGUCAGACCGAAAAACUAUGUAAACUAAAACCUACAUACUAAUCCUAAAAACUAUUAAGCUAAUAGUUAAGCUAUUAAGCAAAAGAAAAAUUCAGCGAUCUUUUGAAUUUAUACAAUAGAAUAAAACUGCCAGUAGCUAAAAUAAAAAAAUAAAAAAUAAAUAAAAAAUAAUGCGUAUCUAUAUUUUAUUUUAAACUGCCCUCUCAUGUUUUGACAAAUUUUGCAUUCCUUAAAAUAUAUAUCAACCUGUGCAGAUUCUGUUUUGAGAAGCAAAUUCCAGUAGUAUUUUUGUAUAGCAUAGUGUAUUUUGUCAUGCACUUAAAAACUAAUGUUUUAAGUCUGGGCCAGUGGAUAUGCCCCUUUUAUUGUUAUCAUCAUUUUUUGUUAUGUUUUAACAGUUGUGUAACUGUCUCUAUAACUUUCUAAUAUUUUCAUUGUAUGUUGUAGGAAUUUGAUAUGCUUUAUGGUUGAAAAUUACAUUCUUGAGUAAAAGGUUAUUUUUAUAUACUCUAAUGUAAUAUUUAACCCUCCAAAAGAUGUUUUGUUCAGACGAUUCUUUCUAAGAGGAAACUUCAACUUAAGAGUAAAUAAGAGUAAUCCUUUAAAUACUUCAAAUUAGUCAAUCAAUCAAUCAUUAAAAAUACAUAUUAAAAACCUUUGACACUUUAGAUGUGGAAAAUCAUUUAACUGCAAUUUAAAGGAAUAUUCUGGUUUCAAAGUUAAGUUCAAUCAACUAACAUUAAGUCAAAUUAACAGUGUGUAUUUUAACAUUUAUGGACAGGCCCUAUUUACCUCCAUUGUAAGUGCCUUACUGUAACUGCAAUUUGUUUUUUUUUU